CCCAGGAAACCCCAAGGUAUAUAAAUGACACCCAAGCGGAUGCGAGACCAGUCAGUGUCUCAAAUCCGUGAUCAGUGUCUCAUCACAGAAGAAAUCACGUGCAAUCAUGAAGGCAGUGUUAAUCCUUGUAGUUUUGGCACUGUCCACGCUCGACGCAGCCACCAUAUACUACAGCCACCCCUACUCGUAUGUCCUCAGCAGCCCCUACGCUCUCACAUAUCCUCAUUAUACCACAAAUCACGGCGUCGUGUUGUCAUACGGCCCCACGGACACGAAACACCACCGACCCGGUCACGAAGGUCAAGACACCGGCAAUGGAGCCCGCGAACCCGAGGAGGACGAUCGCCCCAAUGGACCCGAACCCACAACGCCAUCCCCUUCGCUGCCCAUCCUCUAUCACUGGAGCCCAUAUUCCAUUCUCCCAUCAUCAAUUGCUGUUCCUUCAGCAUCUCAGUAUCAUUCCCAAGACCAACUCGGCCAGUAUCACUAUGGAUAUGCCAAUCAGCACAGCUCCAAGAGUGAGCUGAAGACCGCUGACGGAGUUACACGGGGCGCAUACAGCUACAUCGACAGCCACGGAAAACUGCAAUCUGUGAAUUAUGUGUCGGAUGGCCUCGGCUUCCGUGUGGCGGCCACAAAUUUGCCAAAACCAGCCCCAAUUGCCGACUCGCCGGAGAUUGCCGCAGCGCGGCAAGAGCAUCUCCAGGCCCACCGAGAGGCCAUCGACCGCCUGGCGGCCGCUCAGCAGUCCAGCGAGAGACGAUCAGAGGACCGGGAGCAGUCCCAGGAUCCCGAGCAGAGGAGCAGCAACGGCCACAAUGAAUAGGACAAUGGUGUAAUUUCAAUUAAAAUCAACCACACUGAGUCACAUCAGCAUCCCCAUUCGCGCCGCAAUCAUUCCGCCUCCCCAGUCGAACUGAUGAUGACAACGACGGCAACAAAACGGAAUUAAUAUGGAAAAUCUCUCUCUGAGCCCCUCGUCCCGUAGUGACUUUGCUUGAAGUUCCACGGAAAAAGUUAUUAUAUGGAAAUAAAUGUGUAAUAAAAUCAGAGAAUUGUACAAGC